AACCUGAUCUGUUUCUUAGCGACGUAAAGAGGCUGUGCAGUCCCUGGUGCCGCCAUGCCGGUGCGAGUGAGCGAGUUCAGCUGGCAGCAGACACCAGCCGCGGUCUUCCUGUCACUUCCUCUGCGCGGCGUCUGCGUGCGCGACGCUGACGUAUUCUGUGGGGAAAGUUACCUGAAGGUUAACUUUCCUCCAUUUUUAUUUGAGGUGUUUCUCUAUGCUCCUAUAGAUGAUGGGAAGAGCAAAGCCAAGAUUGGAAAUGACACGAUUCUCUUCACAUUGUAUAAAAAGGAGCCAGUUCUGUGGGAGAGCCUUUCUAUGCCAGGUGUUGAUAAAGAGAUGAUGCAGAGAAUAAGAGAAAAAUCUAUCUUGCAAGCACAAGAGAAAGCUAAAGAGGCCACAGAAGCAAAAGCUGCCGCUAAGCGAGAAGAUCAGAGAUACGCACUAGGCGUGAUGAUGAAGAUUGAAGAAGAAGAGAGGAAAAAAAUAGAAGAUAUGAAAGAAAAUGAACGGAAAAAAGCAACUAGAGAAUUAGAAGCAUGGAAAGAAUGUCAAAAGAAAGCUGAUGGACAAAAAAAAGUUCAGAGGAAGGAGAAAGCGCCACAGGGAAAGCACUCUGAAGAGACGGAAGCACUAAAACCUCGGGGUUUGCCCCAGAAGGCCCUGCCCACUCGCCUCCCCACAAGAGGGAGGAAUUGGGAAAACAUAUUUUCUGAGAAGUUAAAGGAAGACAGAGUUCCUGCGCCUCGACCCGCUGGCAGUAUUCAAAUCAGCUUCACCCCUCGAGUGUUCCCAACUGCACUUCGGGAAUCCCAAGUUGCAGAAGAAGAGGAGUGGCUGCAUAAACAAGCAGAGGCAAGGAGAGCCAUGAGCACUGAUCUUCCUGAAUUCUCUGACUUAAAAGAAGAAGAGAAGAAUCCAGACUGGUUGAAAGACAAAGGAAACAAAUUGUUUGCAACAGAAAACUAUUUGGCAGCGGUUGAUGCAUAUAAUUUAGCCAUACGAUUAAACUGUAAGAUCCCAUUAUUGUAUUUGAAUCGGGCUGCUUGCCACCUCAAAUUAAAAAACUUACACAAGGCCAUUGAGGACUCUUCUAAGGCACUAGAAUUAUUGACACCACCUGUUGCCGACAAUGCCAAUGCAAGAAUAAAGGCACACGUCCGACGAGGGACGGCAUUCUGUGGACUAGAACUGUAUGUUGAAGGCUUGCAAGAUUAUGAAGCUGCACUUAAGAUCGACCCAGCCAACACAGUUGUACAGACCGAUGCAGAGAAGAUUCGGAAUAUAAUUCAAGGGACAACACUGAGGUCUCAUGAAUAGAGGUAGCUAGGUCCAUGGUCUCUGCGGGUCCUCCAGCUCUGUAAAGUGCUAGAGAGUCUUUGGAAUGGCAGUGCCUGAGGAAUCAUUUCCAACGUGAAAAUGGCCUAUCUCUCACCGCCUUUGAUCCCAGUACUGGGAAGGCAGAGGUCGGCAGGUCUCUGUGAGCUUGAGGCCAGUGAAGAGCAGCUAUACAGCAAGACCCAGCUUCAAAGCAGAAAACAAAGCACAAAGAAUGGGCUGGUGAACCCUCAGUCUUAGUACAGGGCUUGGGCUUUGAUGUUGCUGUCCUGAACUGCCUGGGCUCUUAGAAUUAAGCUGUUGCUAUUGGUGUUUCUAGGAUAGUACUGAGGAAUCAACAGAAUAGAAUUUCCACAUAUAAGAUUGUGCUUAUAAAGUAUCUUUAUUAUAUUAAAUAUAUAGUAUUUCAUUCUG